GCCCCCCGUUUCCCCCAGCCACCGCAGGCGCCACUACUGUACCACCGCGGCUGCUCCGCCAUCAUACACUUCACACAACUUUUCCUCCGCUCGCUUCCACUCACUCCGCUCGCUUCCGCUCGCUUCUGCUUCUCCUCCCCCUGCCAUAGUUGCACCUUCCACCACCGCCACUUCCGCUCCCUACUCCGCGCUACCUCACCUCCUCGGGUAGUAGUCCCCAGGCUAGGGCGCUCCACAGAUCUCGCCGCUCGCAGCGUACAUCCGCUCCGUCGUUUUUCCACCUCGCACAUCUCAACCUUUCGUCCUUCCGCUCCGCCCAUCAUGUUCCAUUCCGCCAAGCGCGUUCUCCUCCCCGCCGCGCGCGCGGCCGCCGGCGUUGCGCGGAUCCACGGAUCCGCCGCCGCGCCCGCGGAGGCAGCGAGCCUGGCGGAGGCUUACAAGCGCGUGGCGCCGCAGCUGGACGUACCGUCCACACCGACGACCUACCUAAAGGAGCGCCCCGCCGUGUCGGCCACGAUCCCGGAAAAGCUCACGCUUAAUCUCUCGCUACCGCACGCCAUGCCGUUCAGCGCGAAGCAGGUGGACAGCGUGAUCAUCCCUGCCACGUCAGGCCAGAUGGGCGUGCUGCCAGGCCACGUGGCGUCCAUUGCAGAGCUCAAGCCGGGCCUGCUGACCGUGAUCGAGGGGACCACGGAGACGAAGCUGUUCGUCAGCAGCGGAUUCGCGUUCGUGCACCCCAACAGCGUGCUCGACGUGGCAGCCGUUGAUGCGGUGCCGCUGGACCAGAUCGACGGCGAGGAGGUGAAGAAGGGCCUGGCUGCUGCCAACGCCAAGGUUGCGAGUGCGACCACUGAUUUGGAGAAGGCAGAGGCCCAGAUCAGCGUGGAUGUGCACAGUGCCCUCAGUGCUGCGCUAGGGCUGUAGAUGGGGGGAAGGGCGGGCGGGAGGUAGACUGCAGGAGAGUUGGAAGGCAAGAGGAAAGUGAGACAAGGCAGGGGCACAGAUGGAUGUAUAUUCGGGUACAGGUGUGUGGAGUCGUGUAAGAGCAAUUAAUUAGGGAUGUUUGGAACCCAGAUGAUUGAAUGAAUUACAGAUGCUGUAGAGGGACAUCAAGUUCCUAAGUUGGAUGCUUGUGGUGUCAGUGUACAAUGAUGAAUGAUUGAUAAGUAAGUU